AUGCAGAGAAAUAUUAUUAGUAAUAAUAAUGGGGUGCAUCAAGCAUGUGCAGCAUGCAAGCAUCAAAGGAAAAAAUGCAGUGAAAAUUGCAUAUUAGCACCAUACUUUCCAUCAAACAGAAGUAGAGAAUUCAAAGCAGUGCACAAAGUGUUUGGUGUUAGCAACAUAACAAAGUUUGUAAGGAAUGCUCAAGAGGGAGAUAGAAGAAAAGUUGUGGAUUCAUUGAUAUGGGAAGCACUUUCUAGGCAAAAGGAUCCAAUAAAUGGUUCUUAUGGAGAGUAUACAAAAGUUUACAAUGAGUAUAAAAGAUUAUUUGAUGAACUUAAGAUGUUUAGAGAUCAUCAAAACCAAUUGGUGCAAGUGCAACCUCAAGGGAAAGUUAGAGCAGAAACACCUGAUCAUAAUGCUGUAGAUUAUCAUCAUCUUCAUCAUGGAAAUCAUAAGAAUGGUAUUGUUGAUUCUACUACCAUUUAUAAUACAUAUUGUUCAAAUUAUUUACAAGAUCUUGAUAGUUUGAGGACAGAAGUUGUCAUCCCAAAUAUUCAGCAGCACUCACAGUCAUACUAUAUUGCAGAUAUGUCUGAUCAGAACCCAAUUGAUCCAUCUAAGAUGAUUGGUGGUAGGCGUGCGUUGACUCAAAACCACCGAAAGGAGAGGCAAAGCGGGCACAUCCCAAAGAGGGGAAGACGUGGGAGGGGGGAUGGUUCAGGGACUUCGCAGGAGGCUUAUCAGGCUACACAGCCUGAAAAGUCGCAGGAUCAUAUACCAGAGCAGCAACAUAUAGCAGAUGAUGAUGAUAUUGCAGCAGCGGUUGCCCCAGCAGUGUUACCUUUGGAGCCUCCCUUUCCUGGAGGAUCGGAAGAUAUAUCUCUGUUGCACUCUUAUGCCAAGCAUGUGGCAUUGCCGCUUUAG